GGGUGUCAUGUUCAGCUCAAGGAAUAUGAAAAACGGCACCUGGAACUUUUCUAGCAGGAGAAAUGAUGCUGACCUCGCUCAUUGGAAGCGCUAUGACCACAUAUUUCCCAUUUGAGUGAUGCAUAGACCUACGGUGCUACACAAACUAUCCCCACUCAUCAUCCUAUAUGAUUUUCCAUCCUGCUCAUCUCUAACACAUACAACCAUAGGGUGUGGAAAACAGGGCUUCCUAGAGUUGCAUAACCGAACCGCAAAAAUCGAACCCGAACCUCACCGAACUCGCAGCAGUUUGGGUUCGGUUCCUAGCCUAGGGAAUCGCACCGGUUUCAGUUUCUAUAGGGUGGAACUGUUUUGGGUUCAGUGAAAACUACUAGUUAUAGUUUUCGCAGUUUUAUAAGUUAGGUGAAACCGCCUAACCCAUUUAAAGGUAUUUACAGAGGUAUUAUAAGUUAAAAAAUAGACUAAGUUAACUAAGUAUUCUAAC